GGUGCUCACACGCCCGCAGCACAAAGAGUUGUAUCAGCGUCCACUCGCCAGAUGCUAAAGCAGCAAUAAUUCGAAUUAUGACCAAUGGAUCCAUAGGCGUUUUGGAUGUUUAAGGCUUGCAUUCGGCCACUGCCAUCAUUUUAAAUCCGUCCUCGCGAUGGAUCACACUCUAGUGCGGGCCUUUCUACUGCUUUUUGCCUUUGCUGGACCGCUGCUCAUCCAAGCAGAUGAUGUCCCGAUUCCAAAGACUUCAGCGGAAAAGCUGAAGAAAGAGCUUUUUGCCGAAUAUGACAGAACCAUUCGCCCCAGUGAGGAGUCAACACCAACUGUCGUCAAAUUUGACAUCACCAUAAUCCACUUUGAUUUGUGCGAGAAGUCGUCAGUGUUGACUGUCAACGGAUGGGCGAAAUUUAUGUGGACUGACCAAAAAAUGGCAUGGAACCCGGCCAAUCAUGGUGAUCUUAAGGUUCUCCACGUUCCUUAUGAUGAACUGUGGAUUCCUGACGUUGUUCUUUACAACAGUGCCGUCGGAAACAAGAUCGACCAACACGGCACUACAUACAGUUUGGUGUACAACAAUAGCAGCGUCCUUUGGGUGCCACCUUCGAUUUACGAGACGAAUUGCAAGCUGGACCUUCGGCUGUGGCCGUUUGACAGACAAUCCUGCAAACUCGUCGUUGGCUCGUGGACUCACCACGUGGGGCAAAUUGACUUGCAGUUGUCCACCGAUUGGAAUGACCAGGAGUACAUGACGCCCAAUGACGAGUGGCACCUUGUUAACGUGGACAAGCAGCGAAACGCUAAGAAAUACGAAUGCUGCGAAGAAGAGUAUGCGGACAUAACGUACACCCUGACUCUGCAAAGGCGUCCUGAAAUGUACAAAACGCUUGUUAUGACCCCAGCGUUUGUUAUCAUCAUUUUGUCUCUGAGCGUUUUUAUCCUGCCAACCCAAGCCGGUGAAAAAAUUGUCUUGAAUGCAAUUACAACCCUGGUCAUUACCAUUGUACUCUUUGCCAUGAGCCAGAAACUACCAGCGAUCGCAAGCAACCCACCUUUGAUUGUUUUGUUCUUUGGCUCAAGUCUUUUGAUGGUGGCGAUCGCAUUCUUUGAGUCCGUCUUGGUGAUCAAGAUGUCAAGAAGCUGCGGUGCUCACCCGCUUCCGCCAUUCAUCAAGCAGGUGCUCUCCGGUUGGUUCGGCUCCUUCAUCCUCAACGGCAAAAAUUCUGUCCAGAAAAAGGCGAAUGACGAGGAAAUGACCGGCCAGGGCCAGACCAGUAAAAACGAAGGCGCCUCGGGCGAAUUCCAGAGGGAAUGGCUAAUGUUCGCCUCAGCCAUCGAUCGAAUUUUCUUCAUUGUAUACGCUUUGAUCUACUUGAUCAAAAUAAUUACCUUUUACGUCACAGUCUUGUAAGGAAAAGCAUCAGUUUUAUGGUAAUUUCGUGCACAGAAAAUAGGCCUUGAACGUAUCAAUUA